CAAAGACGACGGCUGGACGGGACUCACCGUUCAGAGACCGGUUCGUAGCAAUUGGAAGUAGUUCAGCUUCUUCAGUUAUUUCUUUGUUUCACACGAGUUAAGUGGUGCCCCAAGAGCUGCUAGCUUGAACACUCCCAGCGAGACACGUUUCUGGUAGUGGUGAUUCGAACGAGUCGAUAACACUUGCGUAGGCUCCAGUGUGCUAAUCUCUGUUUGACCGGAAAUAGUGCCACCAACGCCUUCGCCAGGAGGAUUACACAGUACAGAAACGAGCGAGAGAGAGUGUGAGAGUGCGGAAAAGAUUUGUGCGGUUGGUCGAGCCUGUUGAGAUCAUCCUUUGCGUUUUUUUGGGUUGGUGUUGUGUCGAAUUGUGCUACGCGGAUUAUAAUAUUCCUGGCAGAAGCUAAGUGAAGUUUGGAAAAGUUUGAACGGCAGGAAACAAACAGAAUCCACAAAAUGUCCGAAGCAGUCGAAGUCGAGCAAAUUAUCGAAACCAAGCCAAGAAAGAUGGCUCUCCCUACCUCCCUGGACAAAGACGCCAUUCGGGAAGCGUACGAGGACGUCCGAUCGAAUCUGACCGAGCACGAGUGGGCGGUGUUCAAAUUUGACGGACUGAAGAUCGUCUGCUCCCAGAAGGGUAUCGGUUUCGACGAGUUCUGCGCCGAGUUCCAGGACAACGAACGAGCGUUCGGCUACAUCCGGAUACAAAUGGGCGACGAGAUGUCCAAGCGAAGCAAGUUCCUCUUCCUCACCUGGAUCGGACCCGAGGUGGGCGUGAUGCAGCGGGCCAAGAUGUCCACCGACAAGUCUAUCAUUAAGGAUGUGAUCAACAACUUCGCCGUUGAGCUACAGGUUGAGUCCAGUAAUGACCUGGACCUGGAGAUGUUCAAAGAACACCUGAACAAGGCCGGUGGCGCAAACUAUGGUACGGGUGUACGUGAGCUGUAAUGGGAUGGCGAAGCGCGCGAAGGCUAAUACAGCUUUUACCACUUUCACACACUCCCAGAAUAAUUCACUAGGAUAAGAACCCUUCUCGUCUUCCCCCUGCUUAUUUGCCACGUGUGCAUGAAUCACUCAACCAUUUUUUGGCGAAGACAAAAGGAAUAGUUGAAUCAGUCAAUCGAAAAUAUUUAGUUUCUGCUUCUAUUUAUAUCAUCUAUUUUUUCUGCUGGAAGAAAAAAACCUACAAUUGUGAUUUAAAAAAUCGCUGGAAUUCUAAAGCCUCUUUUGAAAGUUGUUUUUUACAAGCAAACGAUAAAAAAGUAUCCAUCUCAUGAUAACAUUUAAAAAGAAAUCAACAAUCAUCGCAAUCAAUGAAUAAGCAUAAAAAAUGAAUAUUGAACAAACCUGCAAUAUUAUCAUAUUAAUUGGUAUAGUUGUUAAGUAAAUGCGAAAAUUAAUUAAAAGUAAAUAAACAUUAAACGAUGUGCGGAUGAAAUUGAUAAGAGUUAGUUAACGUGUAAACGAAGUAAAAUCAGCAUAACGAGAUAAAGCGCGUAACGUUAAUACCGGAAGCAGAUUUCUUUUUUGAGCUAUUUUUUAUCAAGUGUAUAGGAAACGAAGAAAACAAACAAUUGUGAAGGCGAAUGAACUGCAAAGUUUAAAGCCUCUUAAAAACAAAGAAACAACAACAACAAACAAUUGUGUAGAGGACAAGUACUAGCGUCGUGUAUUUGACGAAAUAAAUGUAAUCGAAAAAUUUUCAA